AUUUUCCCAAUAUUAAUCAUAGUUCUAUAAAUAUUUCCUAUUAAUUCAAGUGCUUCAUAAAAUAUGCCUUGUGAAGAAAAUACGUUAAGGCGAUACAAGAAAAUUUUUGAAGAGUGUGACUCAGACCAAAACAAUCUGAUAUGUUUUAAAGAAUUGAAAGCAUUUUUACGAUCCUCGGGCCACACCAAAGACCUUUCCGCUGAUAAAAUAAGAUACGUAUUUAAACUAGCCGAUAAAGAUGGCAAUAAAGCUGUCAAUUUCGAAGAAUUCGUCGAUAUAUUGGAACACCCUGAUCUGCAACAUGUUAUUGGAAAUUAUGUCAAUAGUUAUAUUAAAUUCCUGAUUCCACAAAACAAACCCAAACCCGAACCGGCGAAACCUGUGCCCGUCCAACGAUUCGUACCGAAGGGACGUAGUGUAAGAUUUCGCAGCCCAAAAGCAUAUGAAUUUACUGCUGUGUCAGGAGUUGAAUUACAACCACACACAAAAGUAUUUAUUAAAGAUGAUAUUGAAGAAAUUGCUUACGCUGAUAAUUUUACUUGUUGUCCGCCGCCAUUUGCUAUGGUACUGAUUUCUUUGUUAGAGCUGGCAUUUUUCUUAACAGAUGAAUUCACCGAAAAAAACUCAACCCUUACUGGAACAGGUGUCACUGCCCAAAUAUUCAUUUAUGAACCAAACAAGCGCCAACAAGCAUGGAGGUUUUUGACCUACAUGUUUGUUCAUAUUGGAUAUCUUCACAUUGUUGUCAAUCUAGCUUUCCAACUUCUGCUAGGUAUUCCUCUGGAAAUGGUGCACAAAUGGUGGAGAGUGAGUCUGCUUUAUUUUUCUGGCGUUAUUGCAGGCUCUCUAGCCACCUCCAUUACAGAUCCUUAUGUAAGACUGGCUGGAGCUAGUGGUGGCGUGUAUUGUUUGAUGAGUGCUCACCUUGCUAUAAUUGUAAUGCAGAUCACUGUGAAUAAUUUUUUACAGAAUUGGAAAGAAAUGACCUUCCCAUUUAUCCAGUUGCUUAUUUUUGGUAUAAUUAUAUGUUGCGAUCUGGGCAGUUCCAUUUACGACAGAUAUUAUUUGAACACAAAUGAACAAAUUGGGUAUGCUGCUCACUUGGGAGGUGCAGUUGCGGGAUUACUUGUCGGAAUUUACAUCUUGAAGAAUCUCAAUGUGAGAAGUUUUGAAAAAUACUUAUGGUGGGCAGCCAUGAUAACUUAUGUCUUAUUAAUGCUGGCUGCUAUCUUUGUGAAUAUCUUUAUGCCUGCAAGAUAUCCGGCAAGAGCAAUGUUAAAAAUGGCUAUCAGGCCCGUAUAUAGACCCACAAUCGUCAAAAAAAGGACUAAGAAGUUCAUCAGGCAUCAAUCUGAUAGAUAUUCCAAACUAAAGAGAAACUGGCGUAAACCAAAAGGUAUUGACAACAGGGUCAGAAGGCGUUUCAAGGGCCAAUAUUUGAUGCCAAAUAUUGGUUAUGGUUCAGCCGCCAAGACUCGUCACAUGUUGCCAACUGGUUUCCGAAAAGUACUCGUGCACAACCUUAAGGAAUUGGAAGUGCUCAUGAUGCAAAACCGCAAAUACUGCGCUGAAAUCGCCCACGGUGUAUCUGCCAAGAAAAGGAAAGAAAUCGUCGAAAGGGCUCAACAAUUAAGUAUAAGAGUGACCAAUGGACAUGCCAGGUUACGUAGCCAAGAAAACGAAGGUUAAGUUGUGACAUUAAAUUUUCAAAAAAUAAAAAAUUUGUAAAGAAAAUUGA